UCUAAAUAUACCGCGAAUUUAUUUUCCAAAAAAUGAAAAAUAUUUUAUCCUGAAUAAAAUUCGAAAUUUAGAGACUUAUUCAGUCGAUCUUGCCUUAUUCUAACAGUACAGAGAGACUCAAAGGAAAAAUUACAGUUUCCAAAACUGCAUCUACCAAUCCAAGAAAGCCAGUAAAGUAAAGUAAAGUCUGUCAAUAUGAUGGCCAACAAGUUCCCCUUCCACAGUACACCUGUUAAAGCCCCUGAUAAGUCAUCGUUUGGACCUGUAUGUACAGUUAACGAUAUUGUACUUAAAAUGGAUGGAAUCUCAAAACCCUCAAUAUUUUCCAAAGAAACUUGGAGAGAAGGAUGUUUGAUAGUUGACGGCAACACUCAGAAAAUUCAUGUUAAACUGUUAAUAGCUAAGCAGAUACAUGAACAUAAUUAUAACAUGGCUGAUGUAGUAGCAGGUGGUACAUAUGGUAGAAAUAAUCGCUUAACUGUCAAACUGAAGAAGGAAGGAAUGACCAUCAAAUGUAGUCCAAAUAAAACGAAAGGUUUCUUCCAUCUAAAUGCUGAAAAGUUCAAGGAACACAUAGACUGGCUUGUGUUGGAGGCACAGAAAAAUCCAAAAAAAAGACCAAGUACCCUUGCAAUAUGUGCGGCCAAGUCACCCCCUGUGUCCACAGUUACCUCUUACAGGGACCCCCAGGAUCUUGAGGAGCCAGAAGAGGGGGAGUCACAAUCAUCACCCUGCUAUACAAAUGUGAAAUCUAGACACCACUCAGAGCCCUCUGUUGAGGAGAAAGAGAACAAAAUGAUGGAAAAUGUAUGUAAUGAGAUAAACAAUACCCAACGAUCCUUGUACGAAACCCCGUCCAAAACAACUCAACCAAUGAAAUCAUUUUAUGGAAGUGCUAGCGCUGGAAGGCAGCCUCUCUUUGGGAAUAUGGUGCCCCUUAAAACAUACAGUCGAAAACCUGGUAUCCUUCCUCAUCCACUCUCAUCUCAGAGGUUCAAACCUGCCAAUAAUUUCUCGACACAAUGGAAUAAGAAACCUGAGUCUGAGGGGAAAUCAGCUGUGAAAUUGGGGUUCUCCAAUAUAGGAAACACAUGUUAUAUGAAUGCAAUACUUCAAGCCCUUUCUUCCCUGGAGUCUUUCACUAAAGACCUGUCAACAGGCUAUAAGACACAUUCCAGAACACUUGACAACUCAUCACUAUAUAGCACUGUUGCACACCUGUUUGCAGCACAGAAAAAACUAGGUCUGUCCACAGAAAGGAGGAAAGGUCUACUAUCAAAUGUUAAACAGGCAAUCACAAAAUCUGCGAAGAGGUUUUCUGGUUAUGCUCAACACGAUGCCCAUGAGUUUCUUGGUCAGCUUAUAGACCAACUAAAGGAAGAUUGUUUGCGACUUGAGCAGUCAACCCCCAGCCCCAGUGUCAAACUAUCCUCACCCCCGGAGUCUAGUCAUCACCCUAACCCUACCACAGACAAUUUUGAGUUCCAGAUAGAACACACCAUUAAAUGUCUCAAGUGUGGUGAGCAGGUUUUUAAAGCUGAAACCUUUCACGAUCUCUCAGUUGAUCUUCCACGAAGAAGUGGAGACAAACAGUGGUCACUACAAGAUGCCUUGGAGCGCUUCUUCCAGUCUGAAGAUUUAGAGUAUAAAUGUGAGGAAUGUAAAGCAACACAAGCUAGAGUCAGCCACAACUUUCUCACUCUACCAAGAAUCUUGAUCCUUCAUCUGAAGAGGUAUAACUACAAUUCUAUAAAAGCUGGUCAGAAAAAGAUAGGACGGGAGAUAGGUAUCCCAAGGUAUAUAAGUUUACAGUAUCACUGUGUGCGGGAUGUCCAGGAACCACAGCCUCUCAACAUAAGAGCAGAGGAAAGUAUAUGCAAUUACAACAAUGUGUCUCUGAACAGUUCAGUCAGCAGUGAUACACCACGAAGGCAGCUACAGUAUCCCGAAACUGCCAAGUCCAUUCUAUCAAGCAAUACAAAUGGUGCUGAAUUAGAGAAGUCUGAUGAUCUUGAACAGGGUAUCUGGGCAAGUGAACAAGAACACAAAAAGCAAGAGGCAGACAGACUAAGAGAGGAGGAAGAUAUUGCCAGAGCUAUAGAGAUGAGUCAGAUGGAAACACCAGCUUCCAUCCCCAGUCACGAGGCUAAAUCUACAGAUGAGUGUGACGGCAUACCAUUUUCACUGGAGGGGAAGUUGGCUGAGAUGAGUGAAGAAGAUCAGAUAAAACUGGCUUUAGAGCAAAGUAUGCAGGAACAUGCUCCUAACCAGUGGACAAUGUCUGAAGACUCCUUCUCACAAACACAAACUACUCAAAUAAAGACCCCUUCCACUGCACAUGAAAAUGAAGCUAACUUGCCUUUAAGUUCAGCUUGUGAGAAGAAAGAAGUUGACAUUGACAAUGAAAUUCAAUUCAAAGCUGAAAUACCUGACUGCAUUACUCAACAUAGUUCAAGUACUCACAAGAGGAAAUCUAGUGAGUUUGCAGAGGAUAAUGAUGCCAAGAGAGCAAAAAUGGAAAGUGAUUGGGAGGAGCUGCCUGAUCUAGUUAUAGAGAAUGAUGACUUUGAUAAAAAAUUGCUUAGUCUGGAUGACCCAGAAGAUCAGGGUAUGGUUCAGCACUUGGAGGAGGUAGCAAAGAAACCAGAAGAAACUAAUGCUGAGAAACCAACCGAGGAACCUUUAAAAGUAGAAGACCCUUUAAAACAGGAUGAGAAUGGCAGGUUCCCUGGAGAGACUGAUGAAGAUGUAUUGGAAAGAGUCAAGAAAGAAAGCCUUAAAGAGUUGUCCUAUAUUGACUUUGACGAUGAUAGCUUUGAGGAAAAUAGUAAUAAAGAGACUCCAGUGUACAGUCUCUCAGAGGAGGAACACAAUCAGCUCACACAGAACUCAAUGAAAGGUUUCUUGAAUGCCUCAUACAGACUCAUGUGUGUCGUCUCACAUGUGGGAAGCUCUUCCUCAUAUGGUCACUAUAUCAGUGAUGUAUACAAUAUGGAGAAAGGAUGCUGGUUUAGCUGCGAUGACUCCUUUGUGAAACAGAUUAAAGAACAAGAUGUCAGAACAGGGAAACAAAGAUCAGGGUACAUCUUCUUUUACAUGGAUAAGCAAAUAUUUGAGGAACUCAGAGAGAGGCAUACAUCAUCAAUGAAUAAAGGACUCAAGGAAAAUACAACUUACUCAAAUGUUUUUCAAAACUGACUCAAGUUUCUAGUCUAGAAAGGUGACUGUGCGUUGUAAUGACAUCAGAUGAUCUCUGAAAACAUUGGACAAUACCGCUGUAUGAAUUACAAUAGUACAGAAAUUUAUGACAUAUUUGAUGAAAUUUUUUAAAUUGCUAAACAUCAAAAGGCUUUGAUAAGUGAUUCAAAAGGUGACUUAUUGUGGGAGUUAACAAUUUUACACAUUUUAAGGUUAAACCCAGCAAAGGGCUGCCAACGCCAUCUAUUGAUUGUCAUCUCCUUUAUUGAUAGACAUUUGAUAUUAAUAAUAUAAAUAGUUAUAUAGUUAUUUAUAUUCAUUUUCUAUGACUUCCCAUGACCAACUUAGUAGGAUUUCAAUGUAUUGUAUCUGUAAGUUUUAUAGCUGCUAAAUCAGGAUUUCAUAUUGUAUUUGUUAUAAAGUAAACAGUUUUCCCUCAUGGAUGUUAUCUAAAUUGUGAGCAAAAAUGAAUAAUAAAAAGACAUCUUAAUUUUCACUAUUUUCAAUUCCGUUAUUUGGGUGGGAAUUAACUUUUAACUGAUUAUAAGGUUAUUCUUUUAUGAGACUAUUGCAAUAUGUACCAGUAUGUCCCCUGUACUUGUAAAUCACAUGUACUUGUAAAUCACAUGUACUGUACAUACUUGCAAAUCACAUGUACCAAAUUAUGCAACCUGUUAUGAAAUUCAUAUCAUGUGCAUUUAUAUUUGUUAUUUAUAUAAAGUAGUUUUAGUAGAUACUAGUCUAUGCAAUAAAUGAGUUAUAUUUAAA